CUUGAUCAUUCUUGUGAAUUUACAUUCUAUUCAUGCCCGAGAGUUCCGGUAUUUACAUGGCGUUUACGAGGCAGAUUGGCUUUAAUACCCUGGUGAUCCCUAGAGGAUUGUGCUUCUGGACUAACGGUUGAGUUUAUCUGAAACUGUUCGUGUUGGCUCGUGCUAUUGCUUGGCUACGUCGGCUUGGUAUAUUCGUUUUACGCUGCAUGUCGACCUCAAAUGGCCUCUAUUUAUUACUGUAUUCAUUCGUGGACAUGGGUUAAAUGAGGUGCAUGCCCCGCAAUCAUGACCUCCCAUUGCUUGCAGGGGCUGUCCGACGUCACUGGCCACAUUCAGUGAAGAAAGCCCCUCUAUUCUACUCAACCUCAUAAAGCUCUAGACUAGCUCGAGCUCCAUCAGCCGGAACAACUAGAGCCACCAUAACUUCACCCCGAAUACCCUCAAACAUUCAAGAAUGCCCGCCCCUGAGAUACCGAAUCUUCUCAAUUCUCUCCGCAGCGCACGCGGAGGUAGAGGCCGUGGUAGAGGCAGAGGAGGUCACGGCUCAUCAGCUCUUACUCACGAUGCUACCAUUCAAGGCACAGAUACUGAUGCUUCGGUGUCGAGGCUGAGCGCUGUUGAUCUGGGAUAUCUUUAUGAUCCGUAUGCUCAGCACUUUGUACAGAGUGGCAAUGGGCCGGUGGCAAGACGACUUCCUAUCAUUAAUCGAGGAACAUAUACCCGCACAAUCUCUCUGGACACCCUUAUCGAGUCGUUUCUAGACGGUGGUCAAGACAGUGAACAAGGCGCAGCACCAAAGCAGAUUGUAUCAUUGGGGGCUGGUACUGAUACACGACCUUUUCGACUAUUUGUUUCAGAAUCGCGUCCUGGAUUGAUAUAUCAUGAGCUCGAUUUCGAAGUCGUUACUUCAAAGAAAUUACGGACAGUACAAGCGACGCCUACGCUGAGAAAUAUCUUGAAAGAUGCUACUCAAGUGACUGAACACUCCUGGUCAGCUAAACCUUCUGAGUGCGAAUACUACUGCCAUGGCCAAGACUUGAGAGGUUUCUCACAAUCAGAAACACCAAAAGAGGAUGAUGGGCCAGAAACAACGGCGGAAGAAAACCCCGAGAUCUCUCUUCCUGGUCUACGAACCGAUAUCCCAACACUACUUCUCUCAGAGUGCUGUCUCUGCUAUCUCACCGUCACCGAAGCCUCAGAUGUGAUAGACUUCUUCAGCUCAAGAAUACCCAACCUCGCCACCAUCAUCUACGAACCUAUCCGUCCAGACGACGCCUUUGGUAAGAUGAUGGUGUCAAACCUAGCAGCACGUCGCAUUCAAAUGCCGACUCUUCAGAUGUACCCUACACCAGAAGACCAACGGGCACGGAUGAGCAAAGCUGGAUUUGACAAGGUGUAUCAUAUGACGAUUGAGGAUAUCUGGCAGAAUUGGGUAUCGUCGGAUGAAAAGCGGCGUGUAGAUUCGCUAGAGGGGUUGGAUGAGGUGGAGGAGUGGAAGUUAUUGGCGGCGCAUUACAUCGUUGUCUGGGCUUCAAAAGGGAACGGGUUUGAAAGUUGGGAUAGCAUAAGAGGUGCAGCUUGAUUCUAUGAAACAGAUGAUGUGAUUGAUGAUCCAGAACAUGAUGGUUGCUCUGCAGUUGACUCAUGAUUGUGUACAACCCGUAUGAACUGGUUCGUGACAGAGCCAGGUUACACAGGCACAGCCGAGAUAAUUGCGAAACAUGUUCAACAAAUCAAAUACGUGAUCAAGAGUUAAAGCGACUCAUUUCUUAAA